AGUUUCCUCAUCAUAUUUUCCAUUCGAAGGGUAUAAAUAUAUCCCUCUAUCUAACUUUCCAUAACAAAACAACCUCAAUAUCUCAGACUUGUCAAUGAUACUGAGGAGAGAGAAUUAAUGUACAAGAUGUUUUCCACAACCACUUCUCUUUUCGUGCAGCCUAGAGCUAGUUUGAAAGUGGAAAGAGAGGAUAUUGGGAUUAGAGGUUAUUAUUCAACAAGAGUAGCCCGCAAUCCAAACUUAGAGAAGUUGCAGACUAACUACUUGUUUCCUGAGAUCUUAGAGAGGGAGCUCAAGCAUGUGGAGAAGUACCCAAAUGCUAAAGUAAUAAGCCUUGGGGUCGGUGACACCACACAGCCAUUACCCCAACCUGUAGCCUUGAGCAUGUCUAAUUACGCACGUGAUCUUUCCACACCUCAAGGGUAUGCUGGCUACGGACUGGAACGAGGGAACAAGGAACUAAGAAGAGCAAUUGCAGAAAUGUUAUAUAAAGAACUUUCGGUAGAAGAUACUGAGAUUUUUGUAUCUGAUGGCGCACAAUGUGAUCUCUCAAGAGUUCAGCUUCUUUUGGGUUCCAAUGUGUCAAUUGCUGUGCAGGAUCCAUCAUUUCCAGGAUACAUAGAUUCAAGUGUGAUUAUGGGUCAGAGUGGUGAUUUGAAGAAUGACUCGGGAAGAUAUGGAAAUAUCAAGUACAUGAAGUGCACCCCAGAGAAUGAUUUCUUCCCAGAUCUGGCCAACACUGCAAGGACAGAUGUUAUCUUCUUCUGCUCUCCAAACAAUCCUAGUGGUCAUGCAGCAUCAAGGCAGCAAUUGCAACAACUUGUAGAGUUUGCACAAGUAAAUGGUUCAAUUAUUGUCUAUGACGCCGCUUAUGCAGCUUAUGUUUCAGACUCAAGCCCUAAAUCAAUUUAUGAGAUCCCUGGUUCGAGAAAGGUUGCCAUUGAGAUCUCAUCCUUCUCAAAGAUUGCUGGGUUCACAGGUGUUCGUCUGGGAUGGACUGUAGUGCCUAAGGAACUCCUCUAUUUAAAUGGAUUUCCUGUUAUUCAGGAUUUUAAUCGCAUUAUAUGUACGAGCUUUAAUGGUGCUUCCAACAUAGCUCAGGCUGGUGGACUAGCUUGCCUCACCCGAGAGGGUUUCAAGGAAGUUAUGUGUAAGGUAGACUACUACAAGGAGAAUGCAAAGAUUUUAGCUGAAACUUUUAAUUCGUUGGGCUUCAGAGUUUAUGGAGGUAGCAAUGCACCUUAUGUUUGGGUUCAUUUCCCAGGAUCCAGAUCAUGGGAUGUGUUCAAUUGGAUUCUUGACAAGACUCACAUUAUUACAGUCCCUGGAAUUGGGUUUGGUCCAGCUGGUGAAGGGUACAUAAGGGUUUCCGCUUUUGGACAGAGAGAGAACAUAUUAGAAGCUUCCAAAAGACUCAAAACCUUACUUUGCUAGACAAAUUAUUACUUAGGACUCCUUUGGUCAAUAGAUUUCCCAACUAGUUUCUUCCUAGAAACUAGACAUAAAGUAUUUGAUCAUAUAAUUUGUCAUUAUUUGACAAAUAAUUCAAAUUUUUAAAUAGUAAUUACUACUAAUAUUUGGUUAAAAUUUCAAUUUUUAUAAACUUUUAAAAGUGAAAUAUGUUUCUCAAAUCUAUUACCAAACAGAAGGUGAAAUUUCAUCAAAUCUUCACUCAAAAAUAACUUGUCAAAAAUAUUUGGGAAUCUAUAGUCAAACACUAGCUUACUUUCGUUCUCUAUUUUCACUUAAGAGUUGCUUCCAACUUCUGAUUAGGAUGUUUUACACUUAAUAAGAUCCACUUGGUUUCCAUCUAAA